ACAGGUGGCAGCACAGCGCCGCCGUGCCUGUGUCGGGUACCAUAAUAACAAACCAGAAGAAAACGGCAGAGAGCUUUUCGAAAAUGUCUGAGUACGCUGUGGUCCAGAAGAGCGCCCUGAAAUUAAAGGGUGUAGGAGACAUUUCAGCUGGAAAAAAGAAGAAGAAGAAGGAUAAAGAGAGUAAGCAUCGCUUGGAGCAGGUUGUGACCAGUCAAGACAAUGAGGAGGUGAAAUCCACAAAAGCAUAUAUUGAUAAAAGGACACCGGCACAAGUUGCUUUUGACAAGAUGCAAGAGAAGAGGCAAAUGGAGAGGAUUUUGAACAAAGCAUCAAAGACACACAAGCUCAGAGUGGAAGAUUUCAAUCGCCACCUGGACAACCUGACAGAACAUUAUGAUAUUCCCAAGGUCAGCUGGACCAAAUAGAAGAGGAGCAAAUGUUUUUUGUUUAUCGCUUGUACAAAAAUCGUGCACAUCAUGUUUUUGGAAUGUGUUAACUGCUAGUUUUAUAUAUUUACAAUUAAAAUGUGUCCAUUUGGCAUUCAGUUGCUUUUGUUGUAAUUCCUGUAUAUAAUAAAGGAUUUGCUUAAAUGCA